ACAACCGUGAAUACGAUGGAGGACAAGACCAAGCCGUCGCUCCGGUCAGUCAUCAACAACCUGCAGUCGUGCCUGGACGAGAUGCUGCCGGACCAGCUGCGCAACGAGUCGGCGACCGUCUUCCAGCAGCACCUCACGACGCAGCGGCCCGUCCGAGCUGCAUGCAAUGGUGCAUGA